AUGUCUGAAUCAGCUGGAGAAUCAAGAAAUGGGUCUGACUCGGCAUUAUUUACCGGUGAAAAUUACGCCAAGAAGAGUUCGCUUGAAAUUAACCAAGGCGACUCUUCGAUGACUGAUUCCAACCCGUUGCACAAGGUAGACUCUGACGAGAUCUACGAUGCCCAGACACUUCACUCGUCUGAUUUGACUCAUUUCAGCUAUACUGAAGAAAAGAUGCUGAAGGACGAGGACGCCAAACUGAGAUUGCAGAAUUCAUUUGCAUCAACUCCAUUGAGGCACUCUUCGUCGAAGAUGUCAAUGGGUGCUGCCAGGGAAGGUGGCAGACCUAGAUUGCCUUCGUUCGCCGAUUUCGAAAAUCCGCCACCUCCUCCAAUGUCGAGUGGCUCCAAAUUUGUCUACAAUCCAACAAGCAACAGCAUCAAUCCCUCCACUGCUGAAGAAGAAGCCGACCACGAUUUCAAGAUGGCCAGGCGUGAGAUUCGCCUCGGUGGAUUACUAAACAACGAUCAUAAUCUCAUGGAUGGACCUCCUGAUGAUGAACUCAUCAAAAUGUACAAAAAUGUGGAAACAUGUCUGGAUAUCAGAGACAAAUACCAGGCGAUUUCGUUACAGAGGUUCAAUGAUAACCCAAAGAACCGCCCUGAUUGGAACAUCUAUCCUCCACCCCCACCUCCAGCCUGGAAGAGUACUAGUUAUUCCAAAGAGUUCGAUAUGGAAGGACUAAGGCGUCGUCCCAAGGUCGAGUUUGAUAUCUCAGAAUGCGAUAUUCCGGGCGUUGAUGAGACUGUUAAUUUCCAGCUAGAUUCUAACGACGUCUAUCAAAUAGUGGACUCUGAGACAGGCGAUAACCUAGUGGAAAUACCUACCAUUCGCGAUUAUUACAUUGAUCUUGAUAGAAUUGUCAUGAUGGCAUCUGAUGGACCUGCCAAGUCAUUUGCUUUCAAGAGACUGGAAUACUUGGAAGCAAGGUGGAACCUAUACAUUCUGUUGAACGAGCACGAGGAAAUAUCCGAGUCCAAGAGAAACCCUCACAGGGAUUUUUACAACGUGAGAAAAGUUGAUACCCACGUCCACCAUUCUGCCUGUAUGAACCAAAAACAUCUGUUGCGUUUUAUCAAGUAUAAGAUCAGACACUGUGCUGAUGAGAAGGUGAUCAUUAGGGACGGUUCUGUGCUGACUCUGAAAGAGGUGUUUGCAUCUCUGAACCUUACAGCAUACGACCUUAGUAUUGACACACUGGACAUGCAUGCUCACAGAGAUACAUUUCACAGGUUUGACAAGUUCAACUUGAAGUAUAACCCAAUUGGAGAAUCCAGACUUAGAGAGAUCUUUUUGAAGACGGACAACUACAUCAAAGGACGUUAUCUUGCUGAGGUCACGAGCGAAGUCUUUGAGGAUUUGGAGGCUUCAAAGUACCAAAUGGCCGAGUAUCGGAUUUCUAUUUACGGCAGAGAUCCUAAAGAAUGGGACAAACUGGCUGCGUGGGUUGUUGAUAAUAAAUUGUUCUCUCACAAUGUAAGGUGGCUCAUACAGGUUCCGAGACUAUACGACAUCUACAAGACCUCGAACAUCGUGCAAUCGUUUCAGGAUGUUGUCAAAAACAUCUUCGAACCUUUAUUUGCAGUCACAAAAGACCCUUCCUCCAACCCCAAACUGCACAUUUUCCUCCAGCGCGUGAUUGGUUUCGAUUCUGUUGACGAUGAGUCCAAACCAGAGAGACGGUACCACAAAAAGUUCCCUACUCCUCGUCAUUGGGAUGCCUCCACCAACCCUCCAUACUCCUACUAUCUCUACUAUCUGUAUGCCAAUCUGGCAUCUUUGAACAACUGGAGACAGAAGAGAGGGUUCAACACGAUGGUGCUUCGUCCGCACUCUGGAGAGGCUGGAGACCCCGAGCACUUGAUAGCCGCUUAUCUCACAUCUGAGGGGAUAUCCCACGGUAUCCUGCUUCGGAAGGUUCCUUUCAUCCAGUAUUUGUACUACUUGAAACAGAUUGGUAUCGCGAUGUCGCCUUUAUCCAACAAUGCACUGUUUUUGACCUACGACAAGAACCCGUUCCCCGACUACUUCAGACGUGGUCUCAAUGUGUCACUUUCCACAGAUGACCCUCUGCAGUUCUCCUAUACCAGAGAACCUCUGAUUGAGGAGUAUUCUGUUGCUACCCAGAUAUACAAGCUGUCGAAUGUUGACCUGUCUGAGCUUGCCAAGAACUCUGUAAUGAUGAGUGGGUUCGAAUACCGCCUCAAGAGACAUUGGCUGGGCCACAAUUUUGAUGCUAAUGGUUUGGAAUCAAACGAUAUCGAGAAAACCAAUGUUCCUGACAUCAGACUCCAGUAUAGAUUGGAGACUCUUCAGAUUGAGUUGGAGCUAAUCAAAAGGUACUCUCACCUUUAUGACUGA